CUGGUCGAAAGGCUAAAAAAAAUAAGGUUCUGCUAGAGGUUGAAAUGAAGGACCGGGGCCAACUCAAUUAGCUGCCUUUUACGUGGAGCAGCAUGACCUCGGCCUGCUAGGAAUACAUUUGUCUCUGGAUGCAGGACAACGCGUUUUUGGGGUCCACAACUAAAUAAUCCCUUGGUUUUCCACUGCGGCCUGUUUAGACAUUGAUGUUCGUAUGAUGAACACAAGGAGGAAAUAAAAUAGUAGUAGUCUAACAACAAUAACAAAGAAGCGCGCGCGAUGAGCCCUUUCCGCCAUCCUCAUUCUGUCACGCCAUCUUCACUCCAUCAACAAAAGAGCCAGCGGACGACUAGGACGUGAAUAGAGAUACAUUCAAGAUGCCAGUGAAGACAAUAACACUCUCCACGGACCCAGACUUGGUGCAGCAGCAUACGCUGUCGACAGCCUUGGACACGAGUGCCAGAGUCCUAUCUGCGACCAUCCUGACAUACGGCGCCACGCUGACCCAUCUGACCUUCCCAGACCGAUGGAACCAGCCUCAGGAUUUGGUCUUAGGCUUUGACCACUGGCAGGAUUAUCCUGCGCAAGCACAGCCAAGAGCAUUGAACCCUUACUUUGGAGCAGCCAUCGGACGUACUGCCAGUCGCAUCGCGUAUGCGUCCUUUGAGCUUGAGAGCAAGCAUGCAUCCGCGUCUGCAGGUGCGUCUGCAGGCGCGGUCUCAAAGGAUCCUAGCGCCACUCACGCCCACACCCUAAACGUCUCCAAUGGCCUCGACUGCCUUCAUGGAGGUCCUCUCGGGUUCGAUAAACAGCACUGGACCACAGUCGACACCGAUCAGGAAAACAUAUCCGCUACUUUGCAAUUGGUUUCGCCACACGGACAGAGCGGCUACCCUGGACGACUGGUCACCCGGGUCAAGUACCAACUAACGCAGCAAGGUGAACUCGUAGUGGAAUAUUGGGCACAGUUAGAGGAGGACCCGGAGAAGCAUUCAGUCAAUGAUUUGCACAGCACCAUCGUCAGCCUGACAAACCAUACAUACUGGAAUCUGGAUGGAGUGCUGAACCCCCCUGGGGACCAGGACCAGGAUCAGGGUAUUCUGUCAAACAUCCUCACAAUGGAUGAGAGCCCAGUAGUGCAUAAUCAUUGCUCAAUCAAGGACCAUACCUUAUGGUUGAGUUCCUCAAAACUAGUAGAACUAGGCGACCCGCAUCCGGUUCCUACUGGCAACAUUCUAGAUCUUUCUGCAGAUACCCCGGUUAGUGUCCAGGGAUAUAGGGACCUUCUUAACUUUACAUCCGCAACCGGAGCCGGCAAAGAAUUGGGUCCAGGACUGAACCAUAUCCCUGGAGGAUACGGAUACGACCAUGUCUAUGCCCUCGAUCCUUCUCCGUCGUCCUCAGCGCCUGCCUCCGUUUCGAACAUCGGCAUCCAUGGCUACUUCCCUUCGACACCUCAUGUGGCGACCUUGGUUUCGCCGAGGACAGGAAUUCGUCUGGACCUGUCCACUUCGGAGCCAGCACUCAUCCUCUACACAGCUGGGUAUCUCGACAACAAGUUGCUACCACGCACCAAAUCAAGGCCCCUAGAUUUACCCACGUCCGCCUUCUUCAUCUCGCCCACCUCAUCGCCGCUCCAGAGUGAUCCUGAACCAAGAAACACAUCGCAGCAAAAAAUUUUGACCAUCAAAGCAGACAUGGACAAGUUCGCAGGAAUUUGCCUGGAGCCCAUCCGGUAUCCCGAUGCGAUCCAUCAUCGUGAGUGGGCCAACAUGGUGAUAUUGCACCAUGACCAAGUCUACCGUCAAAGAUCGGUCUACAAGUUUGGUGUGGAGCAUUAGCAGAAGGAAAGGAGAAGUAGAGUCUUGAUCGUGAUUUGCAGCUUUUUUAUUAUUGUGCUUCACAAGAAAACUGC